AUGUCGAAGGAUCACGUUAUCAAGCCAGAAGACUCCGGCGCUGUUGCGAACACGUCCGAAUGGCCACUUCUUUUGAAGAACUACGACAAGUUGCUUGUCAGAAGCGGACACUACACUCCGAUCCCAGCGGGUUCUUCGCCAUUGAAAAGAGACUUGAAGUCGUACAUCUCUUCCGGUGUUAUCAACCUGGAUAAGCCAUCGAACCCAUCCUCUCACGAGGUUGUCGCCUGGAUCAAACGUAUCUUGCGUUGCGAGAAGACCGGUCACUCCGGUACGUUGGAUCCAAAGGUCACUGGUUGUUUGAUCGUUUGUAUUGACAGAGCCACGAGACUGGUCAAGUCCCAGCAAGGUGCAGGGAAGGAGUACGUGUGUAUUGUCAGAUUGCACGACGCUUUGAAGGACGAGAAGGACCUUGGUCGCCAGUUGGAGACGCUGACCGGUGCCCUUUUCCAAAGACCACCUUUAAUCUCCGCCGUUAAGAGACAAUUGAGAGUACGUACCAUUUACGACUCGAAUCUAAUUGAAUUCGACAACAAGAGAAACUUGGGUGUUUUCUGGGCCUCCUGUGAGGCAGGGACCUACAUGAGAACUUUGUGUGUUCAUUUGGGUAUGUUGCUAGGUGUCGGUGGUCACAUGCAGGAACUACGUCGUGUUAGAUCCGGUGCUCUAAGUGAAAACGACGAGAUGGUAACUUUGCAUGACGUCUUGGAUGCCCAAUGGGUGUACGACAACACGAGAGACGAAACAUACUUGAGAAACAUCAUUAAGCCGCUAGAGACCUUACUGGUCGGCUACAAGAGAAUCGUCGUCAAGGAUUCCGCCGUCAACGCUGUCUGUUACGGUGCCAAGUUGAUGAUCCCAGGUCUGCUACGUUACGAGGACGGUAUUGAGUUGUACGACGAAGUGGUCUUGAUCACCACCAAGGGUGAGGCCAUUGCCGUUGCCAUCGCCCAGAUGGCUACUGUCGACUUGGCCACCUGUGACCACGGCGUCGUUGCUACUGUCAAGAGAUGUAUCAUGGAGAGAGAUUUGUACCCAAGAAGAUGGGGGUUGGGUCCAAUCGCCCAAAAGAAGAAGCAGAUGAAGGCCGACGGUAAAUUAGACAAGUACGGUCGUUUGAACGAGAGUACGCCAGAGGACUGGAAGAAAUUGUACGUUUCUUUGGAGAAAAACGAAGGCAAGACAGAGGCCCCAACUUCAGAAUCCACCACACCUUUGAUUAAGGAAGUUGAGUCGAAGAAACCGGAAGAGGAGAAGGUUGAAAAGAAGGAGAAAAAAGAGAAGAAGGAGAAGAAGGAGGACAAGGCUGAAAAGAAGGAAAAGAAGGAAAAGAAGGACAAGGAUGAAAAGAAGGAGAAGAAAGAGAAGAAGGAGAAGAAGGAGAAGAAGAGAAAGGCCGAGGAUGAUGGUGAGGAAAAGAAGAAGAAGAAAUCCAAGAAAUAG